AUGGCUUCAGAGAGCAGGCAGAGACCUGAUUGUACAGGAGAACAACUCGCUCCUCUCCUGAUCUUCACCCGGACGCCUCCACAGUUCAUUGAAGAAAAAGAGGAAAAUGAAGAAUCAAGUGAAGUUCAGGAGAAAAAUCAUGUCAAAACUGGUGGAAAACCUUGGAGUUGCUCUCAAACUGGAGAGAAACCAUUCACUUGUGAUCAGUGCGGGAAGAGUUUCACACGAUCAUCAAACCUUAAGGAUCACAUGAACAUCCACGUUGCAGAGAGGCAGCAUGCAUGUGAUCAAUGCGGAAAAAUGUUUUUAUGGGCUUCACUUCUGAAGAAACACUUGAAAGUUCAUGCAAAGAAGAAACCAUAUCCACGUAAUUUGUGUGUUAAGGGUUUUUUGCAUCUACAAAAUUUGAAAGAACAUCAGAAAAUGCAUAAUGGUGUGAGAGAGUACGUGUGCUUUGGGUGUGAAAAGACUUUUAGUUCAGUGAGCAGUUUAAAACUACAUGAGAGGACCCACACUGGAGAGAAACCUUACAAGUGUUCACACUGUGACAAGAGAUUCAGUCAAUCAUCAAAUCUGAAAAAACAUGAGAGGAUCCACACUGGAGAGAAACCUUAUGAGUGUUCACACUGUGACAAGAGAUUCAGUCAAACAGGAGAUCUGAAAACACAUGAGAGGACCCACACUGGAGAGAAACCUUACAAGUGUUCACACUGUGAAAAGAGAUUCAGUGAUUCAUCAACUCUGAAAAGACAUGAGAGGAUCCACACUGGAGGGAAACCUUACAAGUGUUCACACUGUGACAAGAGAUUCAGAGUGUCAUCUAAUCUGAAAAAACAUGAGAGGAUUCACACUGGAGAGAAACCUUAUGAGUGUUCACACUGUGACAAGAGAUUCAGUGAUUUAUCAAGUCUGAAAAGACAUGAGAGGAUCCACACUGGAUAGAAAGCAAAUCACCGCAAUGUACGUGGGAAGCGUUUUAUUAAGUCAUCUGUUAUACACAGUCAUACAAAAACCAAUCACAGUAAGGCCCCGAACACAUGGAGACGCAUUUAGCUGUAUAUGUAAAUAUUUUUUAUGGUAUAUGCAUUUUGUCCAGAUGGAUCCGGCAUUUUGGGGGUGUGAAAACAC